UAAUUGCAGGGUUAUACUAUAAUUUUCCAAGUGGAAUACAGAUAGUUUCCUUACACUAGAAAGCUUGUUUCCCUUGUCGUGAAGACUAACGUUAACACUGCAGUCACAGCAGAAAAGCUCCCAUAGAAACUGAUUCUCUACUCCGUAACCUUGUUUGCAGAGGACACACUCAAGAACCUUAUCGAAAACUUGAAACCAGUUAAACCCAAACCAGUUAAACGCUGACUGGCCCUAAUCAAAAUAUAACAAAAUUUCUUAAUUUCAUUUCGUAAAACGACGCAUAAUGGAUAGCACCAUGUGAAAGUGCAGCAAAAGAGGUUUCAUUGAAUGUUCACGCCACAGGAUUUGGUUCGCAGUGUCAAAAGUUAGAACUACCUUACGAGACUCCAUCGUCGACUAUGGUGGCUGUCAUAGUUAAAAUAAACCUCUGUCGUACGACUGAAUAGGUUCAAAGGAGGACUGAAUGGAUCCUAUUAUUCGCUUUUGAUACAUAUCGCUUUAACCCUUUUACUCUCAUAUUGAAAGUACUUAAUUAUCUUCUCCCAUUGAGGGGUUUCUCAGGGAUAAUGAAACAAAUUAGUUCAAAUGAAACAUAAAAAAGAAUCCCAGCUGGUCAGGAGCCUAUAACCCGGAGCGAGCAAAGUCCAUGCGCUCGUCAGUCUUUGCGUUUUCACGGACCAGUUUAUUUAAAGAACGGUUUUGACGCGAAUCUUGAAUCUCUUUUUAAAUUACAUAAAACCAGCCAUGCAGCAAAACCUACAGAACUAAAAAGAAUAUUUUUUGCCUUUUAAUAACGUUUAGUUUUUUUUUUUGAUAUCGUAUACUUCGAAUGCGCUCAUAGGCGUUUAAGUAGUCCAUUUUGAACGCUACAUGAUAUCGAAAUAUAUUAUUAUUUCAAGCACAUUUCUAGAUAGCGCGUUGCACUAAAUACCAAAAAAAAAUGAUUUCUCUAGAGUUUACUCCAUUUAUUCUUGUUCCGGAUUACGGUCAAUCGAUCAUACUCUUAGACUUUUCAACUGAUAUUUCAAUCUCGCCUUUAACCAAGUAGAAUGGCUUCAACUAGACUUUUUCUUUACAGAUUCGGUGUUUCCUAACAUUACCAACAACACCACGGAACCUGGCAGUAAAAAUUCGGCGUUUUUCAUACCUCCAAAUAUUCAAAUCGGAGUCACCAUAUUGGCAGUAUCGAUAUUUAUUCUUGCACUGAUCGGUAACAUCGUGGUUAUUUACAUCGUGUGUACGGUAAACCACAUGCGCAGCUCAACCAACACGCUCAUCGCCAACAUGGCCGUUGCUGAUCUGUUGAUGACUAUAGACAUACCGUACAUACUUAAAUUUUUCUACGUGGAUCAUAAAUGGUUUGGAACCUUCAUGGGCACCGUGUUAUGCAAGUUUUUUCACUCUGCUCAGGUGGGAUCUCUAAUAGCCUCCGUGUUUAGUUUAGUGGCAAUUUCUCUGGAUCGAAGUUUUGCUAUCUUGUUUCCAAUGAAGACGGUUAUGACUAAGCACGUUGUACGUUUCGCGAUCGCUGUGAUCUGGCUAGGAGCGCUGGCUUUCUCACUUCCAGUCAUGGUGGCAUCUAAAACUGCACAACUUAAAGGCACGGAUUUCUUGAGUUGCGAAGAGGUCUGGGCGCCCAUGUCAGCAUCCACUUACAGCCUAGUUCUUCUUAUAGGUGGGUACAUCAUUCCACUAAUAACCAUCGCCGUUGUCUACAGUCUAGCUGGAGUACGUCUGUGGAACAGACAACUUCCUGGCCAUAAGAAUUUGGUCUCAAACCAAAAAGCACAGUCGUCCAGCAGGCGUGCGACAGCUAUGUUGAUAACUGUAGUUAUUGUCUUUGCUUUGUCUUGGCUGCCUUUUCAAACUUUGGAGAUGCUUCGUGGAUUCAACAAGCCACUAUUUUAUUCACUUCCGAUUGAGUUACGAUACACCACACCUUGGUUUGGUUACGCUAACAGUGCUAUUAACCCAAUCCUUUAUGUGAUAUUCUCUGAGAAUUAUCGUCAGGAGUUUUACCGCAUUCUGGGUCGAGGUCCAACCAGGAAGGACCGCUACAGAAGGACAAUCAUAAGCCGAAGUACCACUACCAGAUCAACUCGUCUGUCACGUGCCAGCUCAUUGGCUGUAAGCAUUCCGCUUCAAAAGCUUAGAGAGAAAGCGAAUUAUAGAAGACAAGGACCUGAGUCACCCUGAUAUCGUGCCGCAAUAUUUUGACCCCAAGGCAUGAGAACUUGAUAAGCUUUGUAACAUCUUUUAUUGACCAAGACACACAAAGAAUCGCGACACCAGUAAUGUCAGAUUCCUAUUGUCACUUGAAAGAACAAUUUUCCAGAGCGCUUAACUUUUCAUAAACUGUCUCUCACAACGAAGUCUGUAACGCUGCUUUGCGCUGCAUUAAAAAAAGACAAGCGCCCAAACUCCUGACAUUAGGGCGGAUUUUCCCCUGGAGAGUUUCCAUAGGAAACUGGGAGGGACGCCCCCUCCUGUUAUUUUCUAGGGGCGGGGGGUGAGGAGCGGCGGGGAGGACAUGAUGUACGUGGGCUCGAUCACUAGCCACUCUUCGGCAAAUGAACCCGCGCUCCCAGAGACCGGACCCACGACUGUGGCGGAAAUCAAACCUAGAUUCUACGAAGAAAGUGGAGUGUAGAAAUAACCAAUUUUUUUUUAUAGAUGCACAUCCAUGGCCAGUUAUAUGCACCAGCCAGCGAGCAAGCUCUUCCCCAGUUCGAGUUGCAAGUGAAGCAAGCCGCAAGACAACGCGCGAGCGAGCGAGCGACCCCAUUCAGCCCUUCACACUUGCUCUGGCGUCUCAGUUUUGAGUGCCUUGUGACUUCUCAUACCCCAUAUGGGGAGUUUGUUCGCAGGGUUUGUGUGCACUUGCUGCCUGCCACGAAAGUGGCAUUAGCUUUGUCUUAUUAUUUCAAACCCCAAAAAACACGAACUACGAAAAUAUUUUUUUUUUCCGUUCACAGGGAAAAAAAAGGCAAGUUAAGUACUGGCAUUCAAGAAUUUAGUAAAUACGAUUUGGCUCCUCUGUUACUUGAUUUAAUAUUUUAAAUUAUUGCUUUAAAACAUACAUACUAUCAAAAAGGUUGGAUUUGAAAUAAGUAAAUAAACAUUAAAGCAGCAAGCUAUGUUCUGUUGUCUUCUUUGCCUUUUUUAGGCCGUUUAUGAUUCAACAUUUGUUCAUUCUAACCACACUUUAAGCUAACGAAAAAUAAUAUACCCUCUCUAAAAAAAGAACGGGGCUCAAAUAGAACGCAAGUUCAGAGUCCACCGGGUCAACUGGGCCAGCUUUGAAAUAAAUUUUGGGGUGAUAUAGAAUUGAAGAACAGGGCUCAAUCUUGUUUUCAAUGAUGGCUUGCCUUGUUACAAACGCCAUCUUUAAAAUGAAGCUUCGGCCAGUCCUUUCCCACUUUCAAUGAAAAAUAUGUGUGCUGUUAAAUCGCCGCUGAAGGGCUAAAUCUUUGUAAAUAGAAAUGUAUAAUAAACAGGUAGACCCUUGGUAUAAACGUAGGACAAGAAUAUCGUUAGAAAAUUGGCUAACAUUAACAAGUAACAUACCAUUCUACCUAAGCUUUAAGCACAGCGUCCGAGUAAAAAUUGUGAGGCGGUAGUUCUGCUUUUGUUAAGAUAUCUGUGCAUGCUUGAAAGAAAUCCUCUGAAACUCGUGGGUUCAUGGUCGGAGCCAUCUUUUUUUCCAACUCCAAAGGUGGUCGUUCAGAAGUUGUGGUGAAAGCUCGUGAAGAGAUGUUGGAGAACUAACUGCAAGCCAGCGUUUGAUGUCUGAAUGAAAUUAUUGAAUAACUCGACGUCGUAAAAUGUUUUCCUCUUUGUAUUCGGAUUUUCUUGUUCUUCUACGAAUUUGAUCAGUUCCUCAUCUCUGAUCUCCACAAACCAGCCUGUCUCCAUUUUAUAAUUAAUUUAAAACUUAACUUCGACUCUUGAAAACUGCGAAAGGAACAAACGACGGAAAACCACAAGUGCUUGACAGCGCGGGAAAAUACUGUGAGCUGAUUGGUCAAAAAGGAUAUUACACAUGUGUAGAUAGAAAUGAUAUCACCACUGGCGGGAUAGCGCAUUUAUCUUUUUGCUACCACUUAGUAGAACCGUUAUCUUCUUUUUAAUAAAAACGAUUAUGUAGUACUAUUAUGUGGAUCUUAGAGGGUGUUAUCUGCCUUACAAUCAGCCUCAUCCUGUAGUUGUUUCUGUGUUUGUUUAAGAAACCGAGAGCAUCGCGUGGGUUUUUUACUGCAUUGACUUAGUCUCAAGAAUAAUUGUCGGGGACUUUUAGGUACAUUUUUUUCCUACACCACCUGCAUGCAUUAUUUAAAGUAAACGGGUGGGUCUUUUCCAUUAUUAGUGCGCGCUUUUUAGAUCAAGUAAAGACCAACAGCACAGUUUUUUAUUUCAAACUGACGUUGGCGCAUCAACAGUUGGCCGGGGAAUCUGAGGUAGAAUAUUCCAGGUUCUUGUUUCAGCAUAAUAUAUAUUUUUCCAAUAAAAUUUACAGACGAAUAUAUGGUAAAUGAAAAAUACAAUCUUACUAGUUCUCGCGUAAAUUAAAUUGGCCUCCCCAAUAUCUACAAAGAUCUAUCCUAGUUUUUAAACUAAGUUUGAUAACCAGCGAAAAUCGAUAUCUACAAACGAGCCAAUGAGUAAUUUAAAAAAAGCCAAAACUUUUAUGAAUUGACUUCAAUCUUUCGUUCUAUUUUUCAAUUUCUGAUCUUUUUAUCUAGCCUGUAAAAUUAGAUAUGUCUAUUUAUCCAGUGAGCAAUAAAUACCUUAUCAUUUACCUUAUUAUUUUUUAAAUUCAUACUUUUCCGUGACAAUUUUAUCUUCUAUGAGAAUUAUUGACACCGGUUGUUAUAGAAGCUAAAGACUUUGGUGUCUAUCAAUGGGGAAGUUAAACUUGAGCUUUGAUAUAGUUAAGGUAAUAGGACAGUGUGACGUAUUUGACCAAUAGAAUUAUCAAUUCUCAGGUUACCUUUGGAUUUUAUGACACGAAAUUGGGUCAAUAACAGAGGCACCCACUAACGUGAUAUAUGAUGGAAGCUCAAGUUUCUUAUAACAUCUGUCUGUAGCUCGAUUUUUCGUAUUAUGAGACUCGAGUAACUGCACUGUUCUUGCUGUUGCUGUGUGUGUUUUUUAUGGAGAUUGUAAAACAGGAUGUAAAAUGUCUAAGAAAAAAUUGAUUCAUUUUUGUUGACUGUUUUUCGUACAAACCGAAGCUGGGCUUGGCUGGGCUUAUUUGGAUUGGUUAACAUGGACUGAGUAGAUUUAAAAAUCUUAUUGUCUAAGCAACAUUGGUUGUUUCAGUUUUCAUUUGGCUAUGCGACUGACUGACUUGAAGCACCCUCUAAUCGCACUGUUAUGGAUAACAGCCCCCAACAAAUAAGAGAUAUUGAAAAACAAGACUGACUCAAGCAUUUAUAUUUGAUGCCAAUAAAACGAUAAAUGGUUUGAAGCCUUAGUAAUGUACGCAUAUUUAACACAAGGAAAGAAUGGAAUUCACUAUUUUCACAUAGACCACAAUGCAUCUUGUUUACAACCCCCCCCCCCACCCCCGCCCAAAAAAAACUUUGUAUAACCAUUGUUUUCGACUUUUUUGGGGACGACUGCAAUACGCAGGAGAAUUGAAAACAAUGGUUAUGCAAAAUUAUAGGGGCGGGGGUGGGGGGGGGGACAAGGUACAUUAUGGUCUAUGUGAAAGUAUAAAUAAAUUAAACGAAGUAUUGUCUUUUGUCAUGGAAAAAUAAGGUGGCAAACGGUGCAUGAUUAUGCUGUAUAGCGCAGUUUAAGGGAAAAUGCGUUUUUUUUCUUUUUUAAAAAGUCCAGUAUCUAUAAACUAAAAGACAAUAAAGUGUAACUAAAAUUGAUCCCUUUUUUUACCUUCAUGGCGAAAGCGUGGUAAUACAACAAUUCAGAAAAAAGUGACAACAGGGCUGAUUUCCAGUGUCGCGUAACUUUUACGUGCGUACGUGCGUAAAAUUUAUGUUCACAAAUCUUAGAGGCAAUGCAUGAGAGGUCGCUCGUAAGCGUAAAAGUUGAACCUCGCUUAACUUCUUGUUUAAGCUCGGCACUUUGUAUCUUGGCUUUAUUCUAUUUACGUGAUUAAAAUUUACGUGCGUUAACGUGCGCAGCCAAAAACGCGUCGGUGGAAAUCAACUUUUAAUGAUAAAGCGUUAACGUACUUUGUUAAUGGUUGUCCAUAAUAGCCAUAAUAACGUUUGCGUUUGACAAUACACAGGAAGAGUAAAUUAUUAUGUUAAAGGCUGAUCUUUUCUAAAACGCUUUUGCAUAAUAGUAAAUAGCCUCUUCAAGGUGUUCAGAUAGUGGAGUGGGGCGCGAAGGAAGAGAGCAGGAAAAAAAAUAAGGAGGAAGAGAGGGAGAUAGGCUCUCAACCCUACCCCACUCCCCCACUGAUUUUCCUGCUCACAUCUUUUUGCGCUGUACCCACACUCUGAACGGCUGGAACAGGCUAAACAACAAACAUGGCUAAUCUUCGAUUGUUAGGGUAUUUUCAAAAUGGAUUUUAAUAUCGCUAUUCUCGACUGUGUUACGUCGUAAAAAUAAUGUUUAGUAUUUAGUUUUUGAGGGAACGGGAAUUCUGCAUACUGAGUGGUAUGCGGAAACGUCUGAAAGAAAUAUACUAUUUCACUCACGUAUUUCUUCACUUCGAAACUAAAGACCUCAAUUACUACUCUCGCUUUUAAACGUCACGUGACUUUCGCCUUUUUGAAAUGACAGACGCAAGUAACGGCGUUCUAUAAAGACAAUUUGAUGGGGGCUAUUUCCUGGAGGGUAUUAAAAUUUUCAUGUUUUUCGAAAUGUGCCAACAAAAGGCGAAGUGAAGGUUUCCUUAGCAUGCCUUUUAGUAUCGACAGGAAUGUAAAAAUAUGAUUUAAAACAAGGCUAGAAUAGACACUAAGAACACCUGGUAUUGACGAUAACAUGUUAAGAAAUGGGACGAGCAAAAGAUUAACUUGAAUUUGACAAAUAAUUAUAGCUUCCGGAGAAACAUCAAUAAACAAAAUAAGAACUGUGUAAGUUGCAGGUGUUACUCUGUAUUAUAAAAGUUCAAAUGAAUCAAUAUGUAGAUUAAAGUACUAAAGGAUAUAGCCCAAAAAAGGCAGAAGAACUUUCCAUUAACAGGCCCCUCGACCCCUCAAAUUCGUGGUCAAAAGACAGAUUCUGAGAGGAAAAGGAAAAUGAACAUAACGGACAGCCGAGGUAACUCUUUUACCUUUUUGAAAAAUGCCUUUGCUUGAUAUGUUUUUCUCAAGCGGCUUUGUCAGUCGCUUUAUUCACAAGGCAGUAAGGCUUUUCACAGUUGAAAUUUUACAGGUGUUUCAAACCUCGUCAAAAUUUCCAAUUGUAGAAAGUCGGUGAGGCACAUAACUACGUUAGAAACUGGUUGGGUGACCAGCCGGGAAUGCCUUCCAGCAUUCAACAAGAAUUUGCCGUCUGUCUUCUUUGAAUUUAUGGUUCCUACUUUUUCAUUGUACCAUUUGAUUCUUAAAUGCGUAAUUCAAAGCAUAUUUUGCAUUAUUUCGGUCGCCGGAUGGAAAUAAACAGGCAAGUUAGCAUGCAACCACUCUCGGGUUCAAAGGCUGAUCGCUUUAACGAACUGAAACCAGUCUUUGAUCCAUCGGCUGGGAAAGAACCAAUUCAAUGCGGGUUUCCCUCUGUGUAACCUGAAUUUAAGGAAACAGCAAGGUUUAAAACGAAGUAACGUGCUUGAAUUAUUCGGGCGACUUGAAAAGUUAAGCUCUAAACCUUCUAAACAAAUUAACUAUGAUGGAGUCAUCGAUUUACUUCGGCUUUGCCAAAGUUCUCAUCAUAUUUUGCCCCCCUUCGUCGAUUUAUAUAUUAUUCAUUACGUGUUUAUAGCCUAUUCUACUUUAAAUAUUGUCUCUUUUGUGUAUAUAUAUAUAUUUAUAAAUUUAUUUGUUUUUUGUCUUCUAAAUUUAUUUAUCUAUUUACUUAUUUUUUGAGGGCCGUAGGUUAGAAAACUGUAAUAGGUUAUUGCGCUUCCCUCUUUAAAUAAAGUUAUCGUUGUUGUUCUUGAUCUAACCUCUGCAUUCGCUAAGAUCGACAAAACGAAACACAAAGAGUGUUGCCACAAAUCUCAUCGCGGAAAAACUGCGUAACAAAUCAAAGAAGAACAUCACUUUAACGAAUCAACGAAAUCUUCAGUGAAAUUCGUCAAAACAUCUCUUCCCGUUACCUAUGUGUUGUUAACGAUGGCGUUGCUACGUAAAAAUACCUAUCAGAAAAAGGCAGGGGGAAAAUCACAAAAAAAACUGCACGGUUACUGUGCAGGGAUUUCGAUGUGGAUGAACACAUUUCAUCGUAUUAUCAUCGAGAUUAAACAAUUCGAAAUCAAUGAAAAUAAUUGUCUUAUUUCGUAUGAUGUCUCAGUGCUUUUCACAAAUGCAACGUUAAGGUGGAUUUCCACUGUCGAGUAAUUUUUUAAGCCGGGCGCAUUGAGGUAAUACUGAGAGAGGUUAAGCUUCAUGUCACGUUUAGGUCAAACGGAAAACGCGAAUUUGUACCACGUGACUAAUAAGUUUCUUUUCAUUUACUUGUCGUUUACUGUUCAUUAUUUCCACUCAUAAAUUAGUAGCUUCACGCAACUUUUUAUUUUCAAGAAGUGUGUUUGAGCAGUUUUUAUCUGCUCCUUUUCUAUUCUGAGAAAUGCUCAACUUGAAUCUGACGUCUGCCUAUUGCCGUAUACGUGAAGCUUAAAAACUUCUAAUGUACGAAAGGUCACGCGUAAAAGACAAAGCUCAACCUCGGUCAACUUGCACGAACUACGCAGGUACAGGCCAGUGGCGGAUCCAGGAUCCAGACCUUCAGAUAAGGGGGGGGGGGUGGGGUUGGUCAUCCAGACCAUAAGAUAAGGGGGGGCGGUCUUAAAUUUUUUUUUCUCUGCCUUUCGGGCCUCAGUUUGGUCUAGAAGUAAGUGGGGGUGGGUGUGCGGGGGGUCGGUCCCCCCGGGCCCCUCCCCUGGAUUCGCCACUGCGCACGGCCUUUCAUACAUUGCCUCUAUUUUACUUGCCCACGUAAAAAUUAUGCGACAGUAGAAACCCACCAUUAGAUGAAACUAUUCGCAUCCUAGCGGAUAAAAAUCAAUUAUGAAUUGCUGCCAGUCAAGUUGCCAGAUCUUGCCUUUCUUAAUACGGCAGUCUUAAUGUAGAAAUUUCGCAAUAGCCGUCUACCAUCAGUGUUUGAUACUUUCUUCACACAUUAACCAAUAAAAGAAAUGACUACAAUACAAGAGGUGCCUCGGAUAUGUUCUAUACUUUACCUAAAGUACGAACAAAUUAAGGAAUACUUUUCAACAUUUAAUCAAGGGCUCCAAAAUUUGGAAGUCAAUAAAUGAAAAUUUUAAAACCUUCUCUCUUUCAAAAUUCAAGGGUUUAAUAAAAAGCGAGUGUCAUAGAUUAUUAGUUACAUGUAUUCUUAUAAGCAUUUGUUUUGUUUCCCAAAUUAUCUGUAAACGAGUCGUUUGUUAAAUUUUUGUAGUUUUGUGAUUAGUUGUCAUAGCUAUUGUGUGCUCGUCUUAUAGAAUUUUUUGUAUUUGUUUAGGUAAUAGCAUGAUUUGUAGUGAUAUUUGGCAUAAAUACCGUCGAGUGAUAUUUCAAAAUGUUAUACGUAAAUUUGAGACAAUUUUGAAAUAUCACGAGUGGUAUUUAUGCCAAACAUCACGUACAAAUCACGCUAUUAUUUGUUUAUACUACUACCCACAAAAAGUUUGUAAUUUUCACAUGAAGGUAUUUCAAAUUAAUCUGAAAUACUACUGGUCUACGCCAAUCAAAUUGCAGAAAUUUCUCAUGUAGUAGUAUAAAUACAUAAAUUUAAAUACUUUAGGACUUCCUUAACAGCAUAGUGAUAACGUUUUUCCUCCUCCCUUUGUUUUUCUUCUCCUUUUAUGUGUGCAUUUGUGUCUCAGUAUCUUGCUGACCUGUAAUUCAUUUCUAUUUAAUGCUGAUGUCAACUGGCUCCCUGGCUCCUCUAAGCCCAAUGUGGUUAUUCCAUGUAGCCAGUACUCUAAUUCUACGUUCAAUAUUUUCUUUGGCUCAAGUUUUUUUUUUUGAGCAAGAGUAAGUGCAAAUUAAGAUUGUUGUUGUUGUUAUUGAUGACCUUAGAUAUAUUGUAAUAUUUCUUUGAGGAUCGUUACUAAUUCUCAUUUUUCUUCGCAGUGUCGGUGCUUCCUAACAGAACCGACAACGCCACGGAACCUGGCAGUGUAAGUUCUUAUCUCAUACCUUUUAAUAUUCAAAUCGGAUUCACCAUAUUAGCAGUAUCCAUUUCUAUCCUUGCGCUGAUCGGUAAUAUUUUGGUAAUUUACAUCGUGUUUACGGUAAACCACAUGCGGAGCACCACCAACACGCUCAUCGCUAACAUGGCCGUGGCUGAUCUGUUGAUGGCGAUAACCAUACCGUACAUUCUUAAAUUUUUCUACGUCGGUUUUAAAUGGUUUGGAACCUUCAUGGGCACCGUGUUAUGCAAGUUUUUUAGCUCUGCCCAAGUGGUAUCUCAAAUAGCUUCAAUCUUUAGUUUAGUGGCAAUUUCUCUCGAUCGAAGUUUUGCUAUCCUGUUUCCAAUGAAGAAAGUUAUGACUAAGAACGUUGUACGUUUUGCGAUCGCUAUGGUCUGGUUGGGAGCACUGGCUUUCUCACUUCCAGUUAUGGUGGCAUCUAAAACUGUGCAUUUUGAAGGGACGGAUUUUGUGAGUUGCGCAGACUUCUGGGCGCCCAUGUGGUGGAAGAUUUACAUCCUAGUUUUCUUUAUAGGUGGGCUAAUCGUUCCACUAAUAAUCAUCGCCAUCUUCUGCAGUGCAGCAGUAAUACGUCUCUGUAGCAGACAACCUCCUGGCCGUAAAAAUAUGAUCUCAAACAAAAAAGCACAGUCGUCCAGCAGGCGUGCGGCAGCUAUGUUGAUAACUGUCGUUAUUGUCUUCGCCCUGUCUUGGCUGCCUUUUCAAACUUUUCAGAUGCUUCGUCUGUACAACAGGCCAAUGUAUCGGUCGCUUCCUAUUGAACUGCUGUUCAUCGCACCGUGGCUUGCUUACGCUAACAGUGCCAUUAACCCAAUUUUCUAUGUGAUAUUCUCAGAGAAUUAUCGAAAGGAGUUCUACCGAAUACUUUGUAGAGGACCGAGUAGGAAGGACCGCAACAGGAAAGCUGUUAUUGAAGGUGUACGUGCACAAAGGGAACAGCCAAAGUGCAGUGAACGUCACUAUACAUCGACUCAUUCGAUUCAAUGUUUGCCUGCUGAUAUACCUCAGAAUUUCGACUCCCGCGAAAUUGGGUUGCCUGCCAAUAAACAGAGGGCCCUUGAUUCAAGUGAACGUUCAUUGGCAGUUGACACUGUUCCGACUUGCGAGUCUAGUAAAAGUCGUUUGGCUUCAAAUAUACCACUCACUGGCGAGUCUUCUGAGCAGCCCAGCUCCUUGGGUCUUGAUAAGCCAUUGACCCAAAAGUCUCCUGAAGUCUCAUUACCAGUUUUGGAAAUUCCAGUGAUCCAUGUGUGUCGUGGAAAUUCUCUGACUGAUAAUAAAUCAGUGACCUGUGAGUCUCUGAAAGAGUCGUUGGCUGCCAAUUUACCGCUGACCGUUCCUAAGUCUCCUGUAAGCGCGUUAACAGCCAACAUAUCGCCAACUUGUGAUAACCAUCAAAGGGUAUUGACUGUGGAGCUGACGCCUUCUACUGAAUCUUGUUGA